CGACGGUGAGAAUAACUCAUGGCUGCCUCCCGCACGCCCCACACUGGGGACGGAGCCCGAGACCCGGGCUCAGUUGCCCAGGUCGAUGCUCAGCCACUGAGUCAUGCCAGCCGGGCGUUCAACCACGUACCUAGACGUCCCAGAUGCCAAGCCCCAACCUAUGCCCGAGAGCCUCUGUGUAGACCCAACGUGGUCUCUGGCCCCGGCAGGGCGGGGAGUGGGGGUUGUCAGGGAGAUGAUUUUCAAAAGCCGUGCACACUUCACAGCCAACCAGCUCCCAUCCUGAACCCUCAGUGAGGACGACACAGAACAAACACGACGAGGCGGAAUCCGGACGCACAGUCAGGGCCGCCCAGGGCAGGUACGAACACGAGGGAAACGCAUGCGACCUCGGGCCUGACUUCAUUCUGGGCAGUCGGACGGGGUCCAGCUUGUCAGGCACCGGGAACACGGAGCAGGAGGCGUAUCUUCGACGGUCACAGUCACUGUCAUGUAUAGACUGCUCUCCUGCUCCGGGUUCAGACGUUGUCGCACUGUGAUUCUGGUGACCUCCAUGUCCCGUCCUCACCCUCACUGUCGGGGAGAGGGAAACUGAGGCACACCAAGCCGUGCCCAGGGAACCCAGAAAGGUCUGGCUUCCUGUCCUGGUAACAGAAACAGUCGCCCCCCUGAAGGUCAUCUGUGUAACCAGGGCCGAGUCCCUUGCCCAGGCUGGCCCUCAGUUUUCCCGUCUUUGGAAUGGGCGUGCGUAAAUUUGCCAUCGUCCAUCAGCCGUGCCCGGAACAGCUCUGGCUCACCGCAGGGGCCCAGGAAAUGCCACGCUGAGGUUCGCAGCUGUUGGGCUUGGCCUGGGUCCUGGGCUCCAGGCUCUCUGACACCAUAGCUCCUUCCACCUCAAGGCAGGGGUUCAGGUCCUUGGUUCCUGGUCACCACGGGCACCUGCUCGGUGCCUCACAUCCUCUCCCCCCAGAACGGCCUGCAGAGCAGCCAGCCGUUCCCGCCAGAGGCCAGAGGAGGAAGGAAUGGACGCUGGGCUCCUGGACGCGGGGUUCCCGGAGCAGGUGUCCUUUGAGGACGUGGCCGUGGACUUCACCCGGGAGGAGUGGGGGCAGCUGACGCCCGCCCAGAGGACCCUGCACCGUGAGGUGAUGCUGGAGACCUGGGGGCUCCUGGUCUCUGUGGACUUGGAAACGAAAUUGAAAACGGAACUGUCAGCUGCAAAGCAAGACGCCUCUGAGGAACUGUCCAGCCUUGUCCUGGUAGAAGGGUUCCUGUGGGACGGUCUGGGGAGCUCUAAGGGUGAAGACGCCGAGGGGUCCCGGGAACAGAGCUGUGAGAGCCUGGAUGGCCGUGGGGUGCAGGCGGCCUGCACACCUGUGAAGACCUCUGUUCAGCGGCAGCAGCCUGGGAAUGGGUUUGGGGAAAACUUCACUCUGAGCCCUGAUCUCCCAAGUCAACCCGUGACUCCUGAAAAACAAGACUCCCAUGCAUGGAGAAUGCACAGAAAAAAAGAGAAUCCAUGCUCACAAACAAACGCACAACAGAAAACCUACGCAACAGAGAAAGCCUACAGGUGUCUGGAAUGUGGAAAGGCGUUUGCUCGCAGCUCCGCCCUCACUGAACACCGCCGGACGCACACAGGAGAGAGGCCGUAUGAGUGUCAGGAAUGCGGGAAAGGCUUCCGAAACGGCUCGGCACUCACCAAACACCAGAGGAUCCACACUGGCGAGAAACCCUACAGGUGCACGCAUUGUGGGAGGACCUUUAACCAAACGCCCCCACUGAUCCAGCACCAGAGAACUCACACGGGCGAGAAGCCCUACGAGUGCAGCGAAUGCGGCAAGUCCUUCAGCUUUCGGUCCUCCUUCAGCCAACACGCACGGACCCACACGGGCGAGAAGCCUUACGAGUGCAGCGAGUGUGGGAAGGCCUUCCGGCAGAGCAUCCACCUCACCCAGCACCUGCGGACCCACACCGGGGAGAAGCCCUACGCGUGUCCCGAGUGCGGGAAGGCCUUCAGUCACAGCUCGUCCUUGACGAAGCACCAGAGAAUCCACACCGGAGAGAGGCCCUACGCGUGCCACGAGUGCGGGAAAGCCUUCACCCAGAUGACACCACUGAUCCAGCAUCAGAGGACGCACACGGGGGAGAGGCCCUAUGAGUGCCACGAGUGCGGGAAAGCCUUCAGCCAGAGCACACUCCUGACCGAGCACCAGAGGAUCCACACCGGGGAGAAGCCCUACGGGUGCCACGAGUGUGGGAAAGCCUUCAGCCACAGCUCGUCACUCAGCCAGCACGAGCGGACACACACGGGGGAGAAGCCCUACGAGUGCAGUCAGUGUGGCAAGGCCUUCCGGCAGAGCACACACCUCAGUCAGCACCAGCGGAUCCACACGGGGGAGAAGCCCUACAAGUGCAGCGACUGUGGCAGGGCCUUCGCCCACAGCUCAUCUCUAACCCAGCACCAGCGGGUCCACGCGGGGGAGAAGCCCUACGAGUGUGAUGCGUGUGGCAGAGCCUUUAGCCAGCUCGCUCCACUCGUUCAGCACCAGCGGGUCCACGCGGGGGAGAAGCCCUACGAGUGUGAUGCGUGUGGCAGAGCCUUCAGUCAGAGCUCCCUCCUCGUUCAGCACCAGCGGGUCCACGCGGGGGAGAAGCCCUACGAGUGUGAUGCCUGUGGCAGGGCCUUCAGUCAGAGCUCCCUCCUCGUUCAGCACCAGCGGGUCCACACGGGGGAGAAGCCCUACGCGUGUGAUGCGUGUGGCAGGGCCUUCAGUCAGAGCUCCCUCCUCGUAGAACACCAGAGGACCCACACCACAGAAAAACCCUACACGUGCAACGAAUGUGGGAAGUCCUUCAGUCACAGCUCCUCCCUCAGCCAGCACGAGAGGACACACACCGGGGAAAAGCCAUACGAAUGCCCAGAUGGUGGGAAAUCCUUCAGGCAGAGCACUCACCUCACCCAGCACCGGAGGAACCACACAGGAGAAAAGCCGUACGAGUGCAGGGGCUGUGGGAAGGCCUUCACACACGGCUCCUCCCUGGCCAAGCACCAGAGAACUCAUCCUGGGUAGAGGCACCUGCAGGAGCUGGGCCACAGGAAGCCUGCAGCCAUAGUUCGUCUCUUCCCUUCCUGCGCUUGCCCCAGUCAUACUCCUGGGUGAUAUCACAGACUUAUGCAUACGCCUUCACAACUGUUAGUAGUACACAUGCGCCUCAGAUCACUCUGACAGUGGGGAAAUGUAGGGAUGGUCAGUGUUGAAGACCUUCGGAUGUGAGUGCCGUCAAUGCUGUAUUAUAGAAGCCACAGAAAUGAGGAUUAGGAAAAGGUAUUGGAUUUGGGCAUGACUUAACAAGAAUUCACCAGAUUCCAAACUUGAGAAUUUCAAAAUGGUGAGACCCCAGCUAAUGCUGCUCAUAAAAAAGAACCAAGUGCAGUGACAUUUUAUCUUUCAUGCACAUUAUAUGCUCGAGGGGGGAGACGUGCCCAUGAAUGGUGUAGCUGACACUGAUACUCCCUGUAAACACCAUGGCAGUGCCCCGCAUGUGAGAGUGGCAUCCAUGUGCAAUCCCCAUGCACUCAACUGUCCCAGUAAGACCUUCUGAUCUGUGUGUAAAGCAUUUGAUCAAGGCACAUGGUAAACAGCCCCACAGAUUUGAAUCCCAUAUGACAAAGUACCAAGUGUACUGUAAACAUUUUUUUUAAAAUUUUUUUAAAUUUUGUUUUUGUGUGUGUGUGUGUACUGUAAACAUUUUAAACGAGUUUUCUGCAUUAGUUUGCAAUAAAUCUUUGUCGUGGAAUUGAAAACUUUUGAAUAGGACAAUGAUGGCAAACCUAUGACACGCGUGUCAGAGGUGACACGCGAGCUCAUUUUUUUGGUUGAUUUUUCUUUGUUAAGUAGCAUUUAAAUAUAUAAGAUAAAUAUCAAAAAUAUAAAUCUUUGUUUUACUAUGGUUGCAAACAUCAAAAAAUUUCUAUAUGUGAUACGCUCCAGAGUUAAGUUAGGGUUUUCCAAAAUGCUGACACGCUGAGCUCAAAAGGUUCGCCAUCCCUGGAAUAGGAAGUCUUGAAAUGCAAGUUCCAUGGAGCCUUGCAGGUUCUGUGAUGGCUUUUGCUACUCUGUUCAGGCUAUAAUUAUUAUUAUUAUUAUUUUUUUACAGGACUCAUAGGAAUUAAAAAGACAGAUGAGCCCCGCCGGCUUGGCUCAGUGGUUGAGCAUCGACCUAUGAACUAAGAGGUCAUGG